GUUUAGUUUGAAUAAUUUAUUAUAUUAUUAUUAUUUAAAUUUUUUACACGUGUUUUUAAAUUGUAUAAAUCUACUUUGGUUAAAACGUAUGAUUUAAACAACUUAUUUUAUCGCUAUAAAAUGUUAUAAGGUUCUAAAAUUAUUUUUCAUACUGUUUUUUUCAAAGUACAUUUCGGAGACUUAAAGAUAUGAGAGACCCAAAGACGGUUUUGUUUGUUUUUGGGCUAUUCGUACAAACAUGUUUAGCGGAAAACGUAGAAACUACUAAACACGCUGACGCAAGUGAUAAGAAGGUGUCAAAAAGAGAAUAUUACGCACCAGAAUACAAUCAUGAUCAUUAUUCGUAUCCGGCUUACCGCUUCGAGUACGGCGUCCACGACCCGCAAACCGGCGACAUAAAGAAACAGUACGAGGAACGGGACGGGGACACUGUGCGCGGCUACUAUAGCCUGGUGGAACCGGACGGUUCGAUCAGGUUGGUCGAGUACACUGCCGACGCGAAAAACGGUUUCCAGGCGACCGUCAAGAAGAUCGGAAGUUCGCAUCACCCGGACACGGUGACACAUCACCUGAACACCGCUAACGGUCACCACGGCGGCGACGGCGGCUACGCGCCCAAUUACAACGGCGGUGGUCAGGACUAUUAUCAUAAUCUGCAGCAGCCGUCGUUGCCGACCGUCCACGAUGGUCAUCAUCAGUACGAGCCGCCCGUUUUCACGAAUCACUACGAACCGCCGUCGCCGCCCGCCUACAACGGUCACUUCGAACAGCCCGCGGUCCACGGUUACGACGAUCAUCAGUACAACCACCAUCAGCAGCAGCAACCGCCGGCGCAUGGUUACGACAAUCACCACCAGUACCAUCACCAUCAGCAGCAGCAACAACUGCCGCCGUCCGUUUACAAUCACUACGAGGCGCCGCUUGUGCCCGCCGCGCACAAUCACUUCCCGCACCCGCCGCCGCCGACGGCGGGUUACGAUCACUACGAACCGCCGCUGCAGGUGGUGGUGCCGGCCGGCCACGGCGAUCAUCACUUCGAGACGCCGGCGGCGCAUCCGGAACCGGCCGACUUCGAUCACGGUUCCGCGCUGCCGCCGCUGUUCGCCGCCGGUCUACCCACCGCCCAUGGCGAUUACGGCAGCGCGUCACCGGAAGAAUACUAUCCCGCGCCGCUGCAGUUCCCGACCACGUCCCACGAAAACCAAUUCGAGUGGCCCGCCAAGAGCGCCAGCGACGACGGCGACGACGUUGACCCACAUCAUCGCGGUCGUCUGCAUGACGAAUACCAGUUUCCGGCCGCCAAAGAGCACGACCAUCUGCAGGGCGCCGCGGCCAAAACUUCUUCCGGCGAACGGCCCGAGUACCUGAGGAAGUACUUCGAACCCAACUAUCAAGGCCACGCCGCCGCCGUAAACAGUUUUUACGACGACGACGAGUGAAUAAGUAAUGUACCUAUUUACGUGUAAGUUUGCGUGUAGUGUAAUAUUUUAGUCGAGCUCGCAGCUUAUGCCAUCAUAGUAAUUAUAUAUCUAUCACCGUGACAAUUUAUUAUAGAACAUUGAUGGUUAAACGCUCACGUUUCGUGCACUCAUUGAUUACUCGUUUUUCGAGAAUCCCAGUUUUAUAGGAAUGUAUAAUAUUAAAAAUUGGAAAAAAUUUAAAAAUAUAUAUAAUAAAUUUAAAAAACAAUUUUUAUGUGAAAACCAAUUAUAAUAUUACAGAUAAAACCAAAAUUGCAAUUUGCAAAACCUAUUGCACGCGUAUGUACGUUUAACCGUCGAGAUUAAAGUUAUCAUAGUCGUCAAUUACAUAAAUUGUUUGUUUACGCCCAAUCGAGUACCGAUCGCUCAUAAUUACUAUUUUCAUUUGAAUGUCUUUAAAAUAUUUUAUCGCAACCGCCUCGAUUUUCUUAUAAGGCCGUUUGGUAUACCAUCGCAGGUAUUUAUAAGCCUAUACCUAAUAAAAUAAAAAUAAGUUAUUUUAAAUCUUUAGAUAUAUCUACUACCCACUACCUAGUUUAUUUUUCAAAAAUAAUUGCAAUGAGUAAAUUAUUAUUGCAUUUUAACAUGUUUAUUAUUAAUUAUAUUUCUUUUAAAUAAUUUUCUUAAGCUCACUCCGUUGGAAUCGAGAUUUUGUUUUAUAUUAACUACAAUACGCAAAUCAAAAAAUAGUAAGUUACGAAUUUGUGACAUAAAUUUGAUAAUAAAGUUCCUUUUUAUUAUACACAGUUUUAAGUUUUCACAUACUUUCGUUAAUUCUUUUAAUCAAUAACCAUAAAAGUAUAAUACCUAUUAGUCUAAAAUAUAACUAUAGUACAUCAAUUUUCAUGAUAACAAUUGCAUCAUAAUAGGGGUCAGUGAUACACAAAUCGCAAACGCAUACAUUUUAUUAAUUUUGAACACUUUGAAAAUAACAAACCAAUAAUUUGUACAACUUAAAAAAAAAAUAUGUUCGAUAUUGCAAUGAUAAGACGCCCAUUUAGACGUAUAAAUUACAAUAAUAUUUAGUAAUGCAAUCAAUAAGUCAAAUUUAAAUGAAUAAAAAUCCAAACAUUUUUCUGGAGAAAGUUAUUAUUUGCCAUGUAGAUAAUUUUUAUUGAAAAUAAAAUACCUACCUAUUAGUUCUAAUCUCUGAAUCUCAUAUUCUAUGUAUGUGAGCCGAAGAAAAAUAUAUUAUAUAAUAUAUAAUAUCAUCUCUAAAAAAACUAUACAAUUAGCCAAAAUAGGUUUUCACUUUUAAAAUCUAUUUAACUAUAAAAAUAAUACAUAACAUAACACAUAAGCACAUAACAUCAUAUAGAACAAUAUUUAUUUCGAGCAAUUAGGUUUCUUCACAAAAGUAUAUUUGUCAAUUUUUCAUUGUAAAAAAAUCAUAAUUGACGAAAAAAGUUGCAUACUGAAGAAACCGUUAGAAACCCAUUGCUGAUGUGCGUUGCAUUCCAAUAUUAUAUUAUUUGUAUUUAAAUUUCAAUUAUUCUAUUAUUAAAACUUCGUUUAAAAGAUUCAAUAUAAUCAUUGAUUAUAAACAAUUAUUCAAAUUUUAUAUGAGUACCUAAGUACUUAUAUUUGAAUACCAAUAACGGCAUUUCAUAUCAACUGUUGAUAAAUACUAUAUAAUGUGAGUAUACAGUUAUAUUGCAUUUUAGUAUUAAAAGUCAUAACACUCAUAAUAUAACUAACGUUGGUGAGUGUUAAAUACCUACACCAUUUACGUUAAAUGUUUUACUUUGUAUGAUAAUCUUAACGCGUUUAAAUUGUAAUUUUUAUAAUAAGAAUGUCAUUUUUACACUAUUACUAUUAAGUUAGGUAUGAUGUAUCAUAUUAUACAAUAUUAGUAGAUAUUAUAAAAAGUCGACCGUAAUGUUAAUAUUGGUCUUGUCUUGUUGUAUUAUUAUUUUUUUUUAUUUUAAACAUAUUAUAUUAUG